CGCAGUUGCGAGCGACGUCGCGUCGUUGUAAAGUUUCCACAGCGAGCGGCAGGCACGUAAUUGUGUGUGUGAAAUCGCGUUGACUCGAGCCGAGCCCCGGAUUCGUUCACAAUCGCGAUGCUGCGGUUUCAAUUGUCGUCCCGGUAAUAUCGCUGCCUCGAAUAACAGUGCUUGUGUCGAUGACUGGUGAUCCAGCUGCGUGAGAUUAACAACAGAGCAUCGCCUGUCGAAGUAUCGCCAAUAUGUGGAGUCCGACGCACGUUCAAGUGACAGUCCAGAGAGCCAAGGGAUUACUCACUAAAGGAAAAAACAAAACCAACGACUGCUUCGUGACUAUUGCGCUUGGAAAGGAAAAGUACCAGACUUCAGUCAAGGAAAAGGUACCGGAUAACGUAGAAUGGCACGAAGAAUGCGAACUCCAAAUACCCCAGCAGGGAAAUACGGCUGAAGUUGUCCUAACUGUGCUACACAGAAACUUUUUAGGUGUAGACGAAUUUCUUGGUAUGGUCAACAUCCCUCUUUCGACCUUUGACGUUUACGAAAGACCGAAGAAUAGAUGGUAUGUUUUAAACACAAAGCCAGGUAAAGAAAACACAAAGGAGAGAGGUGAAUUGGAGGUGAAAAUCGGUUUCAUAGUGAAAGCAGGAAGUCUGACGGAUCUGAGUAAGAAGGAGAGGCACAAAAGUUCCCUAGGCCAAUUGUCUUCGGCAGCUCACUCGAUUGGCGGUAGUUUGCUGAGUAUUGGAAGUUUGGAGAAACGCAAGGGAUUGAAAAAGCUAGCGAAAUCAAUUGGCAACAAAGUAAAAGGCAAAAGCAAGUCAAAGCUCGACCAAAACGGGCUAGACGAAAGGGAAGAACACGAAAUACGACCGUCUAAACAGGAACCUGGAGAAGCUGAUCCUGGUGUAAUAAGCGAAGACGAGGACGAAUUUACGUUCGAUGAUUUAUCCCACAAAAGUUCUGCAUCUUCUCUGAAUGCUCCUAACAAUGCUGUACCUAUCGAGCCACAAACAACACCUCCAAUUACUGCAGUCUCAGCGCCAAACAAACCGCCCCGAUACACUGCACCUGCUCAGCCUCCUCCAUUUCCUCAAAAUACGAAUGAGGAUGAAUGGGGUCAGAAAUUGUAUGGAAAGCACGGAAGCAAUACGUUAAAGAGAUGGGAAGAAAAAACUAAACCAAAGAUACAAAUCGACGAGCCAAGAGAAGAGAGAGAAGAUUUAUCGUCUAAUAUUUUCAAAACCAGGGAGUUUACUGAGCCUCCAUCUCCUGCGCCAAGAGACAUUUUAAUAACUACAAAAAAUAUCAAGGAAGACAAACAGGCAAAUACCAAAUCGCAAAAAGAUGAAAAACUGGUGCUAAAUACGAAGAAUUUGAAGGAUGAGAAGUCUCAAGCCCGAAGUCCAAAGGAGGAAAAACAAUCCAAGAAAGAUAAGAAGAAAGAUAAAGAACAGAAGAACAAAGACUCAAAUGACUGCGGACUCUCAUCGGAGAGAAUAAUUAUCGGCGGUGAAGAUUCUGUGAGAAAUCUAGCUCCGAAAAGCCGAUUAUCUAACGAAAUAUUGAGCCAAUUCGACGGGAAAUCUCGAGAGGAUUUGAUCGAACUGACGCUACAGUUGCAAAGAGAAGUUGCGGACAAGAAGAAGAGGCUUGGUGACCUAGAGGAUUACAUAGAUUCCCUUUUACUUCGUGUGAUCGAAAGCUCUCCUCGAUUGUUGCAAAACCCUUACCAGUCUCAAAGGCGUUUGUCAUCGCCCGGUCACCAAUAGCUUCCAUAUUUUUAUAACAAAAACUGGUAGUUUUCAAUGUAUUUAUUUACUUCUCGUUGCGCCGGAUUAAUUAUAGACCGCUUUUUUUAACCACUAGAUAUUCCACUCGUGUGACCAAUCGGCAUGUUUUUCGGAGUGAUGAGAUUCUAUUUUAUUCUAUUUUCAUAAGCUUUACCAUGUAUAUUACUCGACGGGUUCGUGAUUUAUUUGUAACAAUUUUCAUUAGACAUCAGGCGGUCGUAUUACGGAGUAAAAUCUGGCAAUACUGAGUUUCUGUUUUAACUUUCGACCUUCGUUUUCUGUUUGCCCUCAAAGAAAUUUUUAGUGUAGGGAGAAAUAGAAAAUCUUUUAUAAAAUUAUACAUAUGUAUUUAUUUAUGCCUAACUAUAUGUAAGGCUAUCCGUUGUGUCUAAUUGUAAGACGAAAGAACUUAGGUUAUUGGGUUGCUUCUUUUUAAAUUCGUAACUUUACGCGUCUUCCCGAGAAAAUAUUAUCCAAAGGGAUUUCAAAAAUGUAACAAACUGGAAACAAACCAAAACCAUCUCACUGUAACAAGACAAAAUUUCAAACUGCUAAUCCCUUCACAGUAUACAGUUCAACUUCGUUAUUUUCGAACAGUUUGUAAAGAUUAAAAAUGAAAUUAAGAUUUAGAAUAGUGGAAAAUAACUACCUAAUCGACUCGCCUUUCGGCUUGUUUCAUCUCCGUCCACAUAUUGAAAUUCUCUCACCUUCCCUCCUCCUCCCCUUCCCCAAAGAAAUAGCAAAUAGAGAGCGAGGGAAGUAAACGUGCCUUAGGUAUAAUAAGAUUAAAUUUAACAUAACAGUGUUAACGACGAUAAUGAUAAUAUUAG